AUGAACAUUUUAAGUAGCAACGAUAUUCAUAUACUCGAUCUACCAGAUGAAAUGUUACGUGCAAUUUUCAAUAAACUGAAUAUGGCCGAUAUGCUCUAUUCAUUAGUAGAUGUAAAUCAACGAUUUGAUCGAUUAGCACUUGAUUCUCUCUACAUAUAUCAUCUCGACUUUUCGAUCGAAGCAUUCAAUAAUUAUAAUUCUUCAACGUAUACUCACAUUCUCGAUAGAAUUUGUUCGAAAAUUUUACCUCGAAUUAAUCAAAAAGUAACUAAACUCACUGUUGAUCCAUUAUCUAUGGAACGUAUUCUUGGCGCUAUUGAUUAUUCUCAACUUCAUUCAUUAUCAUUUGUCAAUUUUGAACCAAAAAUACUCUCACGACAUUUAACAGGUAUAUGUUCAUUAAUUUUAUUUUAUUUCACGAAUUACUGA